UUCGGGGUGUUCCGCAGAGCUAAAGACCGCGGCGAGGACGCCGCCCGUCCUCAUCGUCAUCGCCGUAGCCCGGUGCUCCCGGUGGUCAUCUCUCGCGUCGUGGUGUCGCGUGCAGUCCGUCUUUCCGUUAUCUCGGGAAAGGAGUGCUCGCGAGUGCUGAGAUGCAGGGGAAUUUCGCGGGACAGGUAGUAGUGGACCGCGCGACGGGUCGUCGGUGGUGCUGACGCGACGUGCGGAUCCUCUUUGGCCGAGGGCUCCACGUAAACUCGAUCGAUAUCAUCCCACGGGGCGAGGCAACCACGCGGCAUGGCAGGGGCCCCGAGGUCCGGGCCCUACGGGACGCGGGGAUACCCUGGUCACCCGGGGCCCGGGACCCGCCACCAGGAGAUCGCGAUGAACCCCCGCGCCCUGGCUGUCGCGGGGAACGCCGCGGCCCUGCCUCCGACGCUCCAACCGUCCGCGGUGGACGUCUCGACGCAGGCCGAUCUCCACGGUGGUGGAAGUCUCCACGGUGAUUUCAGCGACCGUCGGACAACGCCGCUCUAUUCGCGCGAGGAUUUCAAGGAGCAGUAUUGCAUAACGAAUCGUCAGUUGGACGCCGCCGAGAGAUCGGGGGGUGGUAUAUUCGGUUGUUUGUCCUCGCGUGGUCCCUCGCCGUGCACGUCGGCCAGGGCAUCGAUACUGUCGGCUUGCGUGCGUGGCGCACCGAGCGAGGAGAAUCUAUUCGACGCACCUUACCCGAGGACUCUUCACCAACAGCCUUAUCCCAGCAACGCCAGAAAUCAGGGGAGGUACGACGCCGACGAAUAUUAUUCCAACGAUUCCUACGUACGACGUAGACCGACUUCGUUUUGCACCACUCCCGAUCCGAAAAGGUACACGUGGUUACCGGAGGACGAGGAGUCGACGCGACUGGAGGGUCCUCGACCCGUCUUACCCCCGACUUUUUCUACGCCAAAUCCGAUCAACCCCGUAAGGCCCGCGCUUCAGCAGCAGCCGCCGCGACCGAAACACGUCAGUUUCGCAAGGUCGCACACCUUGACCUCCUUCGAGGUGCCACGCGCCAGGAGCCCCCCCAGGUCCCACGAGCGACUCAUCGACUCUCAACCCACUAUGCAAGGAUCCCUUUCCGCGGUUCUACCUUCGACGCACGCCUACGUUAACCCUGGAGAUCCCCGUGUUCUGGUACUCGAGAAACCUUUGAAACGCGGAGUGAUGAAGACGCAGGCUACCCAGACGGAAGUUCCUCAAGGUCCCCGAGGGCGUGCGGCGCCCAUAACACUUAGCCCAAGGACGAUCCACCGGGUGAAGAUGGUCUCCCAAGGUGCUCAGACUAACGGUAUUUUGAAUGGUCGUAAAUUGACAAAGAGCUACUCGGAAGCCGGACAACUGGGUACACCCUUGGGAGCCACCUCACCGGGAGGGACUCCCGUCAACGGGAACACCGAAAGUGAACACGAACCUCUUCAGAGGACGCAAUCCGAAGAACCACCGAGGUCGCCAUUUUUGGUAAACACUCCGCCCGAUUCGCCGACGUUUACCGCACCUCAACCUCCGAUCAACGAUCGGGUGAACGGGGAGCCGGAUAACGUCGUUGAUCAGGCUGACGACAAGCCGGUCGAUUCGGACAACGAAGAGAUUUUGAUCGACUUCAAACCCGCUCCGGUUUCCCCUUGCGCCCGAACGAAUCUCGGUCAGAAUUCGCGACCGCACAGACGGAUAGUGCCGCUGCAGAAGACCCUGUCGGACGGCGAGAUUCAGGUGGAGAGACGGGAAUUGAUAGGGGAGGCCAGCGAACCGAGUUAUCCUCACACGUGCAGGAGAAAUCAUCACGAUCCGUGGAGCAGAUCGAGCAGAGCUCCGGUUAUUUUUUCCUCGACACCCGACGAUCUCGCGCUUCUCAGAGCUACACCGCCGGGAGAAGAGCACAACGAAGAGGAGUUUCACGAAAACUUAGUCCGACGGGGUUUGUUCCGUAAGAGAAGCGUCUCUCUCGAGGACGGUGUCCAGAAUCAGGGAUGUCCCAUGAUCGUCGGUGAAACCUUGCUUCACAGAUCUCUGCCCACUUCCCCGACCGCACCCACGUCGAUAUCAGGUUCCCAAAAGGCGGCACCGCAGAGUCCCCAGAGCGUGUCAUCGAAUCGACAUUUACUUCAUGCGAAACUAUCGGUCGGCGUUACGGGUUCCCCGUUCGCCUCCAGCGAUUCUUUGGCGAACGAUGUGACGAGAGACCACAGCGACGGUAUAUGGAACGAGUCCCAGGCUACCGUUCUCCAAGCUGAUUCGCUGGCCCUUCUAACGCCUUCCUCGAGAAGAAGGCACCUCCUAUUGCUUCAGCAUCAGCAACGAUCUUCCAUGGACACCGAGGCGCUGGACGCCGAAGACGAAAUGGAAAUCGGUCCUCCGAGUCCGAGGAUUCGCCUCGAACCGGCCACCCCGAUCAGUCCAGUACCAAGCAUCGAAACUCUUCCGUUUUCAAUGCGGAACGGCAGACCGCGAAGUGGCCUUCGAAGACGUAGCCCUGUCCCACCGCCUCUGUCGCAGCCACCGUCUCAGUCGUCGAGCGAAUUCGGCUUGAGCCUGGUCAGAACUGAUUCGGGCCGUACGAACACCGACGUCUCGGAGACCUCGACUACCGAGGAUUACGUGACCGCGAAUACUUCCACGGGUACGGGUACGACCACAGGGAAUUCCGGGACCACUAGUUCUAGAUCUCGUCAUCCUCACCUUCAUAGUUCAAACGCGGUACCAUCGGCUCCAGCAUCCGCGACGGCGACCGCGGCUGAUGGGAGUUCCUUUGAAAGUGCGAGUUCAAUUUACAGUCUGGCGCGAAGUGAGGCUGUGAUCGAAGAACCUUGUAGUCCACCCGCCAUAAUCGAAGAGUCAGAAAUUUCACCAGGAGUAGAACCGCCCCCAUCCCCGGCAAGAUCGACGUCGAGCAGUAGCUCCGGUAGUUACGACCUCGAAGACGCUAUGCCGGAACCUCUUCAGGAUUCCUACCCCACCGCGCCCCUCAGCGGAGCCGCUUCUGAAACCGAACCGGACCACGACGAGGAGCGCCGUUCGAGUUCGGGGGGCUACGCGGAAUCGCCGCCGGAUCCGCACCUCUGGUCCGAAGAAGAGAGACGCAGACGCCGGAAAACCAUCACCUUAGACUUUCAGCCAGGUACUGAGGUGGAAAACGGACGGAUCGAAGUUCACUCGGACAAUCGCGAGAUCAGUCCGACCCCGAGUCACAGAUACAGAUCUCGAGUGAAACCGCUGAACGUUCGAAGUCCUCAUCGUAACAAUAAGAGGAGAGAUUCGGCUCAGCAGCAAUCGCAGCAGCAGCAACAGCAACAGCUGAUAAGAAGCCCGCAGAAAGACGACUGGCGAGAACCGUUCGAAGAUGCUACCCACAUUCCGACGUCGGACGAUUCGAGCUGCAGUCAUCACCGGCAUUUCCAUCAUACCAGAGAAAGCGGGGAGGGGGGAAGACACAGGAGAACGCGAGAGAGUCCGAGAAAGAAAAUCGGCGGUUACAUGACGUCGAGGCGGAAAAGCAACGAGGACAAAAACGCAGCUUUGACCGGUAGUUUACCGAGGCGGAGAUCGCGACCCGUGGAAAUAUCCUCGAGUCGACUGAGUCCGGGUGGACAUUAUCAGCGGAGUCCCGGUCACAACGGGCACACGACGAUAAUUGUGAAAUCACCGAGUCCGGAAGCUCGUUUGAAAGCUUUAUCCGCGGAAUCGUUGAGGUCCGUAAGCCCGGGGAGUGACAGCGUAUUCUACAGCGAAGGGGCGGACCAUUCGUCGUGGAUCGCCCAGGACGCUCCCCACUGCCACAACUGCGGCAGAGAGGUCCAGGAGGAAAUCGUCCAGCCUCCGGCGGGGUUCGCGGAUUCCCCCGAGGGCUGCAGGACGACGACGAAGUACUCGGGUCCUCGACUGUACAAAAAGUUCGACAAGAGCGAGAGGAGGCACCUCUGGAGCAACGGUAGCCGUUCGGACGUGAGGGCGAAAUCCGAGGAGAGAAACGCGAGGUCCAGCAGCCCCCGCGAAGACUACAGUCGGCGAAGACUUCAGGCACGCAGUACGGACGCCAGUAUGGAGGUCCUUUCGGGUAGAGAAAACGACGGGCAAAACCUGGAGGCUUAUCCGAUCAGCGAUUGGAUACGAAUAGAAGAUUCGCGGGGAAACGACGUGUGGCGAAAACCGGAGAGUCGGGGUGACGAGGACGAAUGCGUUACAGACGGUGCGACUAGGGAACGUCGCGAUUCCCAAGGUUCGACGGAGAGCGAGAAAUGCUUCGCUAGGAAAUAUCACGGCGCCAGACGCAGGAUGAUACACGCGAAAAUUAGCGGGGAGAUGUUGAAAAGGAUACACAUGAAGAGUCUGAAAAGCGACAAGAGGGUGAUAGUGAAACGGGAACCGGGUGGCGAAUUCGGUUUUCGAAUUCACGGAUCGAAACCGGUCGUUGUGUCGGUGAUCGAGCCGGACAAGCCCGCCGAAAGCUCGGGCCUCGAGGUAGGAGACAUCAUAAUAUCGGUGAACGGAAGAAGCGUGGUGGACGCCGUUCAUUCGGAGGUCGUGAGACUCGCCCAUUCGGGAAGUGACGUACUGGAACUGGAGGUUGUCAGGACGUGCACGAUCCUACAGGCACCCCAAGCGUCGAGGGGCGGUUCGAAGGAAGGUUCGGUGGAGCCACCGCUGUACUCGGGUUACCUUUGGAGGAGAGCUACGUCCUCGAAUUCCUCGACAUCGGAUAAAUGGGUCAGAAGAUGGUUCGCGUUGCGCCGCGACAACUGCCUUUAUUGCUACAAGACUGAUGCGGAUUCACAGCCAGUGGGAGCAGUUAUGCUACUAAAAUACGCGGUAAUGUUAACGCCCGACGUCAGACCCCACAGCUUCGCCAUAUCAAAACCCGGAGCGCCAACGUUGCACUUGGGAGCGGAUACCGAGGACGCUGCCAACCGGUGGGCAACGGUCAUAAAAGAAGCUGUCGAAAAGAACAACCAGGGUGACACCUGGGUGAACGCGUCAUUAAGAUUGCAGCAGAUGCCUCCCUGCACGAUCCAGAGACCGGACUGUUUCGGCUACCUCAGUAAACAACAGCAGGCUUUUCAAAGCAGAGAAUUCGGGUCCAGUUGGUCCCGCAGAUACUGCGUAUUGAAGGACGCCGUUCUAUAUUUCUACGACGACGCUAACGCGGAACGUGCCUUCGGUAUCGCCUGCGUUCGCGGUUAUUCCGUUCACUGGGGAGCCUCGGGAUCCGACGGUAGAAAACACGCCUUCGAACUACAACCGCCGGACUCCGCGCAAAAGAGUCAUAUUUUCGCCACAGAAUCUGAAAUGGACAAAAAAAGGUGGAUAGCGGCGCUCGAAUACUCGAUUGACCGGUGGAUAAAAAUAGGUUGACGAUACGACUAGUCUGUAAUAUCCUGGUUCGACUUUAUCCUAGCGAGCUGCAGUCGGGCCGAUAAAACGAUUUAACGAAAUCAUUGUGAUUUUCGUCGCUAAUCCCACGGUGCAGAGUUCAAUUUUAUAACCCACGAAAUACCAACUGCAACGAUUAUCGUCGUCAUUAUAUGCCGAAUAUGAUUUUCAUCAUUGUUAAAAAAUAUCAUUAAUCCCUUUUUUUUCAUCAACGCGUUAUCACCCAUUGACCGUACGACUACCGUUACGUUUGUAAUUAUUUUUUAUCAUCACCGGCAUUGAUUUUUAUCAAUAUUAUAAUUUUUAUUUAUUUAUAAUUUAUCACAAUUAUUAUUACGAAAGCGUAUAAACAUAAAUACGAUAUAUUGUAUAGAAUCCCCCGCGUGUGUAGAAAAAGAGAAAAAAAAGAGAUACUUAAAGAAAAAAACCAAAAAGCGCACUCGCCGCGUGUGGGCGAAUAUUUUAUGACGUCAGUAUGAAAGCGUGCGCGUGUACCGACAUAAUUGUGUGAGUCUGAUGUCGAAAAGAAAGUGUAAAGAAAGAAAAAAAAAAAUACAAUACAUACAUAUGCGAGAGAGGUAAUUAAAUCAAAGAAAGAUUGGAAAGAAAAAGACGAAAAUGAGUGACGAAACCUGCAGAAUAUUGUAUGUACGAUACGCACACCUCUGGAAUUGUUUAAAUUAUCGCAGCAUAGGUAUACGUACAUGCAUGGGAAUGAAUGAGAAGAUUGAUUUUCUAUUUCCGUUUUUUGUCUUGCUUUUUUUUGUUUUUCGUUCUUUUCUUUCAACGUUACGAGAAAAUUGAAUACACACGAGAAUUUGUAUACCUCGCGCGCACGCCUACCCCAAACCAAUGAGGGCCGCAUUUAAAACUAACGUUUAUAAAACUUUACCUAUAAAAGAGAACACUAUAACCACGACAGUUAUAAACAUAUUUACGUAUUAAAUAGCAAAAAAAAUGCAAAAAAAAAACCAAAAAAAAAAAUUAUAUAAUACGAAAUGAAUGCGUCUUUAUAUAGCCAGGCGUGAUAUAUAUAUAUACAUAUAUAUAUAUACAUAAAAAUAAAACAAUAUAUAUAUACCGUUCUGGAAAAGAAUUUAAAGAAAAAAUAAAAAAAUAACAAAAAAAAAAAAAAAUGCCAAAAGAAACCUAAGUCACCCGCUCAAAUAUUGAGAUAAUAAUAAAGACUUUAAUACCAGUUA